AUGAACAAGAAAUGCGAGUCCGAAGAGCUGUUUCGUACGGACAAUAGAGGAUCGUUUGGCGAAGAAGUGGAGUUGUUCGGCGAGGAUUUUUCGACGGCGGCGGCCGCCGAGGCGGUGUCCGACCGCCGCCUCUUGCUGGGCUCCCUCGAUAGGGCCGAUUACUUGCAAUCGCCGACCGCCGCUGCCGCUCCCACUCAUGUCGCACAAAUGUCGAUCGGACCGCUGGAAGACGCAGGUAAUGCCAUUUUCCGUUCGGACAAAUCCGAAAAGAUAUCGGUAUUAGGUAUUUGCGUGCGCGAUGAAAAGGAAUGA